CACGGGGAAAAUAUUUCACGACUUAAUCGGUGAUUUUGUACAGAAACCCGCACCAAUAUGCGUUUCACCGCCGUGCUCCUCCGACAACACAUCGGGUUCCACUUCAAGAAGCACUGGAUCGUCCAGGGCAAACGACUUCCGUCGGAAACGGGAGCCCAAACCGAACUCGCCGGUCGCGGAAUUCCGGUCCUCGACCCGGCCGAAGUGUUAAAGGAACGCCGCGAAGAAUUUACCAACAUUCAGGUCGUAGGUCCGUUGCCUCCGGAGGUGCAGCUGGAUGAGAAUCAUCCGUUGUACAAACGUGAACAGUGCUAUUUGUACGGCGAUCGGAAUGUGCUGCUCGAGGGUGUCCGCCAGGCGCAGGUUCUGCUCAACACUGUCGUGUACGAUGAGCUGCCGCUGAAGGUGGAAGAACGGGUGGAUAAGACCAAAAUUCCAACCCAGCUCGACCGCUCGAUGCAGCAGUCGGUCCUUGCGGCACUGGUUUUCGAAACCGAGCAAGUUAAAACUGCGCUGAUAAAGGAUCCGGAACGGCCAGCAUUUAAGUUUCCACGGGUCUACGGUAUUUCCAGCGAAAAGAAAAACCGCCUUUUGCUCUCAAAACUGGUUACCCAUUGUGAGCGUUUCGUCGGCCCGCAGGUCGCUUCCACCCGGAAAGUGAUUGCCAACACUCGCUGUAUCGUCCCCAUCACCAAAGAACUGGAUCGGAUUCAGUUCUCGCUCAAGGUGGAUAGCUUGAUCAGCUCCUCAUCCCCCAUGACGCCAUUGGACAGCGCUGUGUACCGUCCGCAGGAUCAUUCGCUUCCGGACAUCUUCCCCGUCAAAGAAACGGUCACCAUUCCGACUACCAAGUUCUACGAAUGGCAAAACGAGUAUCCCAUCAGUCGGCAGUACAAGUUUUCCCACCCUCACACGAUCCUGUUGCACUGUGCUCCGGAGGACGUGGUUAAUAUGUUCGAAACGCCGGUGACCGACGAUCAGAAGCAAGCCCGCGCCAUGAUCAAGGCGUUCACGGUGGCGGCUGCCCGUGCUAGGCAACUCUACGGGGACAACGUAAAAGUCCUCCCGCAUCCGAUCACGGUUCAGGCGGUGCAAACCGAUAGCAAGUGGUUCCACUUUAGCAUAUUCCAGCUGAACACGUUGGACCUGAGCAGUUCCAACGACGCCGGAAGUCGAAACCUUUGGUUCCGGAAGCCUAGCAUGGAUCUCUACUCGGAGUGUGGCUAUUUGGUUGGCAAGCCGACGCUGGUGAACUACAAUAAGGAUGUGUUAAGGAACAUGGCCGUGUUCUACGGCAGCAGUUAGCGGGGUGAUUGGUG